AUUAUGAUAUGACUCUUGGUUCUCUUGAAUUCUUGGGCAAUUUCUUCUUUACCUGAGACAAGGAGAUCGAUUGACAUUAUUGGUUUGUGGUCCUCCAUCUUUUAUAACCCCAUAAUCACCCCCCUCAUCUCAUCUCUCGUCAUCCGAUCCCUGUUUUCUCUCGACUUCUCUUCCUCUUCCUCUACAUAUCUCCUCUGUCUUCAUUCUCUGUUUUACUCUUCCUCUCCUAUUGAUCACAAGACACAUCUUUAAGUGCAUUGUGGUCCACGGUUGAUGGUCGAGCAUCUUGGUCUGCCGUCAUUCUGAUACCCCCACCUAUCUCGCCAGUUGCCACUGUCUCAACCACCGCAUUCCUCUUCUCCUUUCCUCCCUCCUCAUCCUGGAAAGAGAGAGAGAGAAAUUAUGUCCAUUAAACGCGCCUUGACCAAACUCACCCCCAAAUUGGGGGAAACGGAGGAAGCCUCCUCCCAGUCGUCAACCUCCCCCCACCGUCGAAAAACCUCCACCGUUACCGCCUCCCCCCGUCGCAGCAUUCUCUCGAGCUUCCUCUCCAAUCGCGAAUAUGCCUCCUCCUCCGAAGACAUGUCGGAUGAUUCCUCCAUCACCGGCGCCCUCAGUAAAAACCAGCAAAAACGCCUGGCGCGCCAGCAACGCCGCAGUGGCCAGCGUUCACGCUUGAGCGAGGACCAGCAGCAUUCCGAAGGCUCGGAACAGCGACACCGGGAGGAUGUCGAGAAAGCGGCCCGCGAGGAGACCGCCGAGAUGAAGGCUCGCUACGGGGAUCUCCCCUUGAUGCAGUCCCGCAAUCGACCGCGAGAGUUACGGACCAGCUUCACCGACAUCUCCGCCGACUUGGCCGGCCAGGAGGUCAUGUUCACCGCGCGCCUGCAUAUCAUCCGCCGCAUGAGCGCCAAGCUGGUCUUCCUCGUCUUCCGCCAGCAGCUCGACACCUUCCAGGGUGUCCUGCACGAGCAGCUCGGCGCCAAGUCGCUGGCCAUGGUCCAGUGGGCGGAACACCUCCGCAUCGGCUCCAUCGUGCGCGUCCAGGGCACCGUGCAGGUGCCCCAGGUCCCCGUUCUCGGCUGCACCAUCCACAACGUCGAGUUGGCCGUCGAGUCCAUCCACCAGGUCGUGCGCCGCGAGGAGCCCGUGCCCUUCAGCGUCUACGAGGCCGAGAUCCACCCCCCCAAGGAGGAACACGUCGACGGCCGGCGCAACCACAUCUCCGACCGCACCCGUCUGAACAACCGCCUCCUCGACCUGCGCACCCCCACCUCGCAGUCCAUCUUCCGCAUCCAGUCCGGCAUCGGCAACCUCUUCCGCAACGCCCUGGACGACCAGCGCUUCAUCGAGAUCCACACCCCCAAGCUGCAGGGCGCCGCCACCGAGUCCGGCGCCAGCGUCUUCGAGGUCAACUACUUUGGCCGCCCCGCCUUCCUGGCCCAGAGCCCCCAGCUGGCCAAGCAGAUGUGCAUCGCCGCCGACUUCGGCCGCGUCUACGAGAUCGGCGCCGUCUUCCGCGCCGAGAACUCCAACACCCACCGCCACCUGACCGAGUACACGGGGCUGGACAUCGAGAUGGCCAUCGAGGAGCACUACCACGAGAUGCUCGACGUGCUCGACACCACCAUCAAGAACAUCCUGCACGGCCUCUACACCCGGUACCGCCGCGAGAUCGACACGGUGAAGCAGCAGUUCCCCAUCGACGACCUGGUCUGGCUGGACCAGACCCCCGUCAUCCGCUUCUCCGAGGGCAUCGACAUGCUCAACGCCUCGGGCUGGCGCGACGAGGACGGCAACCCGCUCCCCCAUGAUGACGACCUGUCCACGCGCGACGAGAUCCGCCUCGGCCAGCUGGUCAAGGAGCAGUACGGCACCGACUACUACAUCCUCGACAAGUUCCCCACCGGCGCCCGGCCCUUCUAUGCCAUGCCCGACCCGGACGACCCCCGCUUCACCAACUCCUUCGACAUCUUCAUCCGCGGCCAGGAGAUCGUCUCGGGCGGCCAGCGGAUCCACGACCCGGACCUGCUCGAGGAGAACAUGCGCCGCGUCGGCAUCGACCCGGACAGCAUGGAGGAGUACAUGGAGGGCUUCCGCUGGGGGGCGCCCCCGCACGCCGGCGCCGGCGUGGGCCUCGAGCGACUGCUGAUGCUCAUCCUCAACCUGGGCAACAUCCGCCUGGCCACGCUCUUCUACCGGGACCCGCGGACCUUCCCGCGCCGGCCGCCGGUCGAGCGACUGCGGCACCCGGAGUCGUCGACGCUCGAGCCCCCUUGGGUGAAGCACCACCUGGGCACGACCGCGCCCGACGAGAGCCACCUGCAGCCGCUCGAGCACCUCAUCGCCAACUACGGCGACGCCACGUCCACCUCCUACGGCGACGACCGGUUCAAGAUCUGGCGCGACCUGGCCACAGGCGCCGCCGUCGCCUACGUGCCCAGCAGCAGCAACUACGCCAUCAUCCCAGGCAACCCGCUCUGCGACCCACGGCAGUACCACCGCAUCAUCGUACAGUUCCUGCAAUGGCUGCGGCGCACAACCAAGUACCGGCCCGUGUGGCUGCUCUGCUCCCCAGCCGUCGAGACCGUGCUCGGCGAGCGACUCGGCUGGCGCAGUCUCUCCUGCGUCGCCGAAGAGCGCGUUGAUCCGUCCCGGAACCUCGCCGCCGCCGACGGCGAGAUCGCGCGCAAGAUCCGCCACGCCGAAGGCGAAGGCGUCAAGCUCGUGACCCUCACCCAGGGCGAACUCCCGAAUGACGACGCGCGACAGAAGAUCGACAAACGCAUCCAAGACUGGCUCGCCAACCGCAAAGGCACCCAAGUGCAUCUGUCAGAGAUCCGCCCCUGGUGGGACGCCGAACACCGCUGGUACUUCUACGCGGUCGACAAAACCGGCACGGUGUGCGCCUUCGUCGCGCUAUGCACCCUCGCCCCCGCCUGGGGCAUGCAAGUCAAAUACAGCUUCGACUUCCCCGGGUCCCCCAACGGCGUCAUCGAGCACCUCGUCACGCACGCAAUCCAGACAGCCGCGCGUUCCGGCAUCAAGAGCCUCACCUUCGGCGCCGGAGCCACCAGCUCCCUCCAGCCGGGCCAUAACAUGUACGGGCCCAAGACGAAGAUGCUGCAGCAUACGUACGACACGCUGGCGAAGCAGUUCCACCUGGUGCGGAAGAGCGAGUUCCGGGCGAAGCUGGGCGCGGUGGACGAUCCGCUGUUUAUCGCCUAUCCGCCGCAUGGGCUGGGGUCGAAGGGGAUACGGGCAAUUUUGCAUUUCUUUGAAGAUUAGAC